AUGAAUGGAUCGGAUUAUGAGGAGUUUGUAAACUCUCUUAAUAGAAGUGGCAAGUCUGAUGAGUAUAAUUCAUCCAUUGAAAACGAAACCGUUACUGCUAAUAACCAUCAUUUUCUGAGUUCAAAGAAAAGAAAGAUCGAAGAACUGGACGAAGGAAAAUCUGGUAAUGAUAUCUUUGGAUACGUAGAAAUAAAGAAACUUGAACAUUGUACUAGAACACUUCAGAAAAAUAUCAAACUUAUUAUAAAUGAAGCACCAGACUUGGCAGAAGUUAAGAGAUUGUUGACAUCUGAGAAGUUAGAUCGAAAUACCAUAUUUGAUUUAGAGAAUAAUGAACUCAUCCAGCUAGCAGCACAAUUGAAAACAAAGUAUAAGAGCGGGAGUUUAAAAGUAUUCGACUCGAUAAUAAAUAAUAAUGCAAAUACUAUUAAAGAAGAUGAAUAUAGUGAAGUUGAUGAAGAAAGUUCAUGGACAAAAAAAAGCAAAAGCGCAGAGAGCAUUGAAAGAAAACCAUCAAAAGUACCGAAGGCCAAAGAAAGUGAUGUACCUGAACUCCCAGUCAUAAAUGAUGUUAAGCUCUAUAAUCGGGUUUUUAUUCACAAAUCUAUUAUUAAUAAUAAAUCGUAUUUGCAUAAGUCUGAGUUGAUGGCAUCGCAUAAUGAAAGGUUGGAAUUCUUAGGAGAUUCGGUACUUAAUAACCUUGUAACAGUAAUAAUUUUCAAUAAAUUUCCAGAAGCCACCGAAGGUGAAUUGUCCAAGAUCAGAUCACUGUUGGUUAAUAAUGUAACUUUGGCUGAGUUUUCAAUAAUAUAUGGGUUUGAUAAGAAGUUAAGGAGUAAUAUAAACGAACAAAUCCUUAAGGACAGUACUCAAAAGAUUUAUGCCGAUAUAUUUGAAGCAUACAUUGGUGCUUUAGCAAUUGAACGUAAGUUUGACUACACUGAAAUACAGCAAUGGCUCACUGCAUUAAUGGAAAAUAAGUUGAGCAAACAUGCUAGACAAAUCAGUAGCACUGAGGAAAUAAAUAAAGAUGCCAAAUCAGAACUAUACUCACUUAUUGGUACUGCAGCUUUUCAUCCUCAAUACGAGGUAAUAAAGACUGGGGAUGGCUCCUCAAAUCCUUUUGUGAUAAAGUGUACCAUGGGCAAUGAUGUUCUUGGAAUAGGCACUGCUCCAAGUAAUAAAGAUGCAGGUUUAAGGGCAGCAAUGGAAGCAUUGAAAAACAAGAGACUUUUAGAAAAAUACAGUCAGAUAAGAUUCAAUAUGGAUCGAAACCAGUCAGUGAUCAGUAACAAAGGCACCAAGAAUGCACCUUUGUUAGCAUUGAGAUCUCAAUCAAAUGAAAUACAUAAAUACGAUACAAAUAUAUUCCCACUUAUUGCAGAUGCUGCUACGGAUGUAGACAGCAAAGCAAAGAAUGAACUUUAUUCAAUAUUAGGAAAAAAUAUGGGGGUCACCCCCAUUUAUGAAACGCAUGAAAUGGCAUCAAAACAGUUUCGAGCCGAACUUAAAGUUAAGGGAGUACAUGUUGCAACUGCGGUUGAUGCUACAAAAAAAAAAGCUUGUAGUAAAGCUGCAAUGGCAAUUAUAAAUAAUAAAGAAGCAUUAGAUGCUUUAAGUAGCUUAUAA